UCAUGCAACCCCAGACCAUGACACUCCCACCACCGUGCUUGAGUGACAUGGUUCCAGUAAUCCAUGUCCUUAGUCUGCUUGUCUUUAGCAAACUGUUUGUGGGCUUUCUUGUGCAUCAUCUUUAGAACAGGCUUCCUUCUGGGAUGACAGCCAUGUAGACCAGUUUGAUGCAGUGUGCGACAUAUGGUCUAAGCACUGACAGGCUGACCCCCCACCCCUUCAACCUCUGCAUCAUUGCUGGCAGCACUCAUAUGUCGAUUUCCCAAAGACAACCUCUGGAUAUGACACUGAACACGUGCACUCAACUUCUUUGGUGGACCGUGGCAAGGCCUGUUCUGAGUGAAACCUGUCCUGUUAACCCGCUGUAUGGUCUUGGCCACCGUGCUGCAGCUCAGUUUAAGGGUCUUGGCAAUCUUCUUAUAGCCUAGGCCAUCUUUAUGUAGAACAACAGUUCUUUUUUUCAGAUCCUCAGAGAGUUCUUUGCCAUGAGGCGCCAUGUUGAACUUCUAGUGACCAGUAUGAGAGAGUGAAAGCGAUAACACCAAAUUUAACACACCUGCUCCCCAUUCACACCUGAGACCUUGUAACACUGAGUCACAUGACACCGGGGAAAAUGGCUAAUUGGGCCCAAUUUGGACAU